UACCAUACUAAUCUCCUCACACACCAAAAACUAACCAAGACGACUUAUAUCGAUGAGAUUAUUACAUCACAUUCUUAUUCUCUUCUCCCACUCACUCCCCCACAUUCCUCACUGAUGAUAUUCAUAUGAAGAGUUCCACAAAGUCCAAGAUGUCGAUGACAAGGACGAGAACCGACAACUCUCCAGGGGAUCGACCAAACGGCGAAAAGAACAGCUCAAGCAACAGCACUGUUGAAGAAGUCAGCAACAACAACAAUAGUAAUAGUAAUAGUAAUAGUAAUGGGAAGAAGCUGUCGGGAUCUGUCGUCCGGCAAUAUGUCCGGUCCAAGACUCCUCGUCUGCGCUGGACGCCCAACCUCGAACUCUGCUUUGUUCAUGCUGUCGAAAGAUUAGGAGGCGAAGAAAGGGCCACACCUAAACUGGUUCUUCAGUUGAUGAAUGUCAAUGGCCUCACUAUUGCUCAUGUCAAGAGCCAUCUUCAGAUGUACAGAAGCAAGAAGAUUGAUGAUCCCAGUCAAGAGCAACGCCUUCUUGUCGAUGCUGCCGGAGAUCGAUGCAUUUAUAACUUCAGCCAACUCCCAAUUUCCAGCCUGUGUUCUUUUAGCUAUACAGAUUCACUUUACUUUGGCCAAUCCACUUCAACGACUAAUUACAGUUCUUACAACAGCAAUCGGGUAUCAUCAAACAUGCCCCAAAACGUUCUUCCUGAAUCAACAUCCUCGAACGGCAACAACAUCGUCAAUAGAUCAUACCUCUCAAGAGCUUCCGAUUCCCAUCCAAGUUACAUUGCAAAUCAUUCUUGGAAGUUUCUAGAGAAUGAAAGAAAUACGUCCAUGGAGGAAAGAUAUUUUCAAGGCCUAAUCACAGCGCGAGACAACAAAAUUCAUUCACAAAGGCCUUAUUCAUUACACAGCGAAACAGCGACAAAAGCAACAGCCUUGCUGUCUGAACAAGAAGGGAUUGGGAAUUCAAAAAGAAAGGCUGAUUCAGAUGAUGUUAAUCUGAGCCUGUCGUUGGGAGGGCGAGACUAUAAGAAACCAAACUUGAGCUUGAAUAACAUCGACGACGCUGAUGAGGUAGACAGCAGAUUAUAUUCAUCCUUGAUUUCAUCAAAAUCAAACAAAACUAAUACUGUUGAUGUCGGGGAGGAUCCUACCGGGAAGGAGAGUUGUAGUUUAGAUCUGAGUUUGUGAAUGGGACAAAUUAUUUGUGUCUGAGUGAGAUUUUCAAGUACAACAUUUGCCAACGCCAAAGAACGUACAGAUCAGACACUCAUUGUUAUCUGCAAGGUAUUAUAAUUUACAUUGGUUAGUUCC